AUGUCGACAACGCUCGCAGACCUCUCGGGCCUACAGGGCAUGCUCGCCCAGCUCUCGGGCAACAACGCAGCAGCAGACCCGCUCGUCGUCCAGCCUGGCGACACAGACACGCAGGGAAUGUCCUUUGCAGAGCUCUUCAGCCACUACCUCGCGCCCGAAGUCGCAAAGCUCCCGCCGUCGUCCUCGUCCGCACCGACGACCGACCUCGCCUCGCCCUUUGUCUUCGGCGGCGUCUCGUCCGCCCCGUCGACCUCGACGGCCGGCUCGACGUCAGGCGACGCCUUCUCCCCCUUAUCGGCGUCGACCUCGUUUGACCCGUCCACCUUCAUGCCAACCAUCCCCGGCUCGCCCUUCUCGCACUCGUCCGACGGCAACUCGGGUCACAGCCCCUUCAGCCUCGCCGACCUCGACUUCUCGUCGACCACCGUUGGAGGAGGCGCAGGUGACGGGUUCGCCAUCGACCCGUCCGUCUUUGGCCCGCCUGCCGAGACGAACGCCUUUGACCCGGUGCUUGCGCUUCCUACCGCCGCCGCUCUCCCGCCUCUUCCCGCCUUGCCCAUCGCGCCCAUGGAGCCAGUCGAGCAGCCCCAGCCGCAGCCUCAACAGCUGACGGCAUUGGGACGCCCGAAGCGCAACGUCGCACACACGGUCAUCGAGGAAGAAGACGAAGACGAGCUCUACUCGUCCGACGGGUCAGUCGCGACUACCUCCGGCUCUCGCAAGGGUCGUCGCACGUCGCGCAAGCCGUCCGCAGCGAAGAAGGCCCGUUCGAGUCUCGCCUCGUCCGAGGAACCCCCGUCGUCGAGGAAGCAAGCUGCGAGGAGUGUCGCGCAGUUGGCGAGCGCUACGUUGCACAAGACGAGCGCGAAUAGCCAUCUUCCGCCGGUGCCGCAGUGGGCGGACAAGCCCGAUCCGGAGGAGUACUCCAAGUUGAGCUCGAAGGAGAAGAGGCAGUUGAGGAACAAGCUUUCGGCCCGCAACUUCCGCCACCGCCGCAAGGAGUACAUCACGACGCUCGAGGAGCAGAUCCACGACCGCGAUACGAUCAUCGCGACGCUCCGUGACGAGGUCGGCGUGAUGCGCGCCGAGAACUCGGGCCUCAAGACUGAAGUCGCGACCCUCAAGGAGAAGUGGCAGGACCUCCUUGACAAGUUGUCGAGCUUGUCGGCGCCGCCGAGUACGGCUGCGGCUGGGCUUGGCACGAACCCUUCGCGUGCUGUGGCGUCCGCUGCGACGGGUGCGGCGGUCGUCAAGCAGGAGGAAGACGUCGAGUCGUCCAUUCCCGCUGCCGGUCUUUCGACGCGCCGCAUCGGCACCCGCGCUGCCGUCUCGUCGACCAAUGCGCUCCAGCUCCCGAACCUCUCGAAGGACGUCUCAGCCCACGCGCGUCGCUCGACCGGCGCAUGGUCGACCGCCUCGCCCGGACUCGGCGGCGGGUUCAUGAGCGUACACACGACCCUCAUCCCGGACGUCGCUCCUCUCGCCGAUGGUGUGGCGCCCAAGCUUCCCUCGAGCGGUGCCGCCUCGCCGUUCUCGAACCAGUCGUUCAACCCCGCUUUGAACGCACUGUCGCAGAACCAGCUCGCCGACUUGCCCGCUCUCACCUCGCACCUUCGCACCGGCUUCUCCGCCGCUCAGCAACAACAGCAGCAGCAAGCGAAGCCGGCGCAGCAGACGCCCAAGGGCACGUUCGAGGACUUCUUCGCUUCGAACCCGUUCUGGUUGCGUCCGGACCAGCUCGAGCAGAACCGCGCGGCGCUGUACGGCAAGCUUGCGAACAACGCGGCGGGCCUCGUUGCCGCGCAGAAGGAGCAGCAGCAGCAGCCUCAACAGCAGGACGACGCGUUCCUCCCCGUCCCGCAAGGCUUCAAGCCCGCCUUCUUCCGUUCGCCCAAGCUCUCGCCCUCGACCUCGGCGACUACCUCCGAACUCCUCGCGUACCAAUCUCCCGCGGCAUUCUCGUCUCCCCCGCCUCUCUCGCACCAAGACGCCAUCGCCCUGCGCGAACAAGCCAUGUCCGCCUCGGUCGCGCACCUUGCGAGCCAGACCCUCAUGCAGAAGAUGAUGGCGUCGUUCUGGGACGCCUUUUCCGGAUCGCCCGCGUCGUCCGGCCUCUCGGCGGACAAGGUCAAGGCCGUCUUGGGCGGAAAGGCUCGCGUCGAAGUCGUUCCCGUCUCGGCGCCUACGUCGCCCAAGACUGCGCCGGCUUCCAUCGACGCUCUCGGUGCGCAGAUGGGCGGCUUGCGUCUUGGUGCCUCGACUAGUGAAGAGGCGGCGUCGUCGUCGUCGUGCUCGUUCACCCAGCAAGUCCUCGGCCGGAGGUGGGUCAUGAACGAGAAGCGGGCGUGA